AAAGCUGCUUCCGGGUCAAUGCAGGACACUGGGCUCCGGCGGCCGGACUGGGGGCAGAGGUGAAGCGGAGCCGGCCGGGGCCGGGUGGGAGCAGGCCGGAGGCUGAGCGGCGGCGGCGGCGACGGCGGUGGCCGGGAGGGGGGAGGAGAGGCGCAGCCGGAGGAGCCGCCGCAGCAGCCCCCCGCCUCCGGGGCUGAGGGAUCCUGUCUCUGUGGAACCGAAAUUCUGGUGGAACUUAAUAAACCAACAGAUCUUGAUAAGUGCUGUAAAGAAUGAAAAGAUGAAGUGAACUUUAGGGAAAGAAGAUGGACCAACCCAGUGGAAGAAGUUUUAUGCAAGUAUUAUGUGAAAAAUACAGUCCUGAAAACUUUCCUUACCGCCGUGGCCCUGGGAUGGGAGUCCAUGUCCCAGCCACACCUCAGGGCUCUCCUAUGAAAGAUCGCCUCAACCUCCCAAGUGUACUAGUGCUGAACAGCUGUGGAAUUACCUGUGCAGGAGAUGAAAGAGAAAUUGCUGCCUUUUGCGCUCAUGUGUCGGAAUUAGAUCUUUCUGACAACAAACUCGAAGACUGGCAUGAGGUCAGUAAAAUUGUGUCAAAUGUUCCCCAGUUGGAGUUUCUAAACCUGAGUUCCAACCCUCUGAAUUUGUCAGUUUUAGAAAGAACUUGUGCUGGGUCCUUCUCUGGGGUUCGCAAACUCGUCCUCAACAACAGCAAAGCUUCCUGGGAGACAGUACACACAAUUCUGCAGGAGUUACCAGAUUUGGAGGAGCUCUUUCUGUGCCUUAAUGACUAUGAAACAGUGUCUUGUUCAUCUAUUUGCUGUCAUUCUCUUAAGCUCCUACAUAUAACGGACAAUAACCUCCAAGACUGGACUGAGAUACGGAAGUUAGGAGUUAUGUUUCCUUCACUGGAUACCCUCGUCCUGGCCAACAAUCAUUUGAAUGCUAUUGAGGAGCCUGAUGAUUCAUUGGCCAGGUUGUUUCCUAAUCUGCGAUCCAUCAGCCUCCACAAAUCAGGUUUGCAGUCCUGGGAAGACAUUGACAAGCUAAAUUCAUUCCCCAAACUUGAAGAAGUGAGGUUGUUAGGAAUUCCUCUUCUGCAGCCCUAUACCACUGAGGAGCGCAGGAAACUGGUGAUAGCCAGAUUGCCCUCAGUUUCUAAACUUAACGGCAGUGUGGUCACCGAUGGUGAGCGAGAAGAUUCUGAGCGAUUUUUUAUUCGUUACUAUGUGGAUGUUCCAAAGGAAGAAGUACCAUUCAGGUAUCACGAACUGAUCACUAAGUAUGGGAGGCUGGAGCCUUUGGCAGAAGUGGACCUAAGACCCCAGAGCAGUGUAAAAGUGGAAGUCCACUUUAAUGAUCAAGUGGAAGAAAUGAACAUUCGUCUGGACCAAACAGUUGCAGAACUAAAGAAACAGUUAAAAACUCUGGUGCAGCUACCCACAAGCAACAUGCUUCUCUACUACUUUGACCAGGAAGCCCCCUUUGGCCCAGAAGAAAUGAAGUACAGCUCUCGGGCAUUGCAUUCUUUUGGCAUUAGGGAUGGAGACAAAAUUUAUGUGGAAUCCAAAACAAAAUAACCUCUACCAGCCUUGUAAAAACACACAUAAGAACUCUUGCAGGGCGUUUGUUUCCAGUGUGGUUUUUUUUAGGAGGGAGAAGGCUAUUUUGUUGUUUUGUUUUAUUUUGUUUUGUUUACCUUUGGGAGGGAUUUUAUAUAUUUUUGCCCCUAGAGUGCAUAGGGGGCUGUUUUGGGUAUUUUCUAUUUCAGGUUUCUUGAGCUCAGUCAGCAGAAUAGGCACACCUGCAGUCCAUUCGCCCUCUUGCAUAAAGAUGACCAAGAAAUCACCGACUUCUUACUGUGAUCACUGGGGUUCAUCUGCCGCUUGGUUUUGUCCCCGCUAGGUGUGCUUGUGAAGAGAGCGUGAGCACCGAAAGCCCUGGGAGGGUCUCACAGUAUUACAUCAGGCGGAGGCGGGGAUCUUCCCGGAGGCCUGGCACUCCCUCCCUCCCUCCUUCCUGCUGCCUUCCUCUCCCUCCUUCCUCGUUGGUUUCAGUUUCUCUCUGACUUGUGUCAGCACAUGUUUAGCUAGUAAUUUUAUCCCAUUUAGAAUUAACCUCUCAACUUCAGUGCUUUUUUUUUUUUUUUUCAUUUCUCCCUUUAGAAAUAAUUUUGAGUAUUUUAAGCAUUUUGCAACCUGAUUCUGAUCUCAGGUACUCAGUAAAAACCUUUAACUCUGUUAGGAUCUUAAGGAACAAAUGGAAAGUAAAACUCCAGGAAAAUUGACUGUUAUUCUGGAAGUAUUGGUAGAGCAGUCUGAUCUCUUUACAUGCUAUUCUGUCACUUUUAAUGUCCUGUAUAGAGUAUAUAAGUCAUUACUUCCAUAACAUGAAAUAUGUCAGAUUACAGAUUAUUUUAUUUUUGCCUAUUGAAUGUAUUUCUUCUUCCUUUUUGUUUAAACUAUUGAGACUAGAGACCUGAUUUUAUGAAGAAGUCAGUAGAAUGCUGGCUAUGCAUGGCAGGAGAGCAGAGAAUCAGCUGAUCGAUGAUCUGUGCUGUGUGUUGAGGACGGAGUGGGGGAUGCAGGUGAAUUGGUUUCACGAUUUGCCUGUCACCCACUCGAAGCCUUUGUUCUUGCACUUUGCAUUAAAGGUGGGAAAUUUUAAUCAAAGGGGUUUUGCUUCCCAUUUUGUGGGGUUUUGUGAUGUAAUAAUUGAACAGUUCUUCUUGUUUUACAUUUCAAUUUAAUUGCCUCCAUAGAAGAAUAACUCUGCCGAAUAUAUAAAUGUCAAAACUUCCAAACUGCACCCAAGUCCGCAUUUGCAGAAGCAUAUUUAAAGCACUUUCCUUUAAAAGCCAGUCCUUUGCUUGCCCUCAGCUCUUCUUCGUUUGUUCUCUGUUCCUUUUUAAACCAGAUGUAAUGACUUUCUUUAGUACAUAUCUUCCUGGGCUCUGCCAUGUUUAUGGGUGGAAGACUUGAGGAACACUUCACUAGGGCAGGAAGGCAAAGGCAGACAUAUAACACGUUUUCAGAUCACCAUCUAGUUGCAUUGGAUCUUUUGACCUUUGUUAAUGAUUCCACCCCUCCUGUGCAUUUAAUUUCUUAGGAAUUCUUUAGAUGACAAUUACCAAUUCUUCAUGGGGAGUUGUGUUUAUUAUUGCUACUUUUUAAAUUUUCCUACGCCGUGUGGCAGAUGUUUAUUCUCCUAAUGCACUUCAGGUUCAGUAUCUCUAAAGCCUUUGACUCAGGCCUUCUGAGGCAAACCUACAUUCACUGUAACGUUAAAGAUGGAAACCAAAGGGUUUGAGAAAGACGAAUGAAGCCUGUUCUCCUGCUGCUGCAGACUUUUAUCUUUCGAAAUCACAAACACGAGCAAUGGAGAUCCAGGCCGAGUAAAGACAAGAACAAUUAUUUUGCAUUCACAGUUUCCUAACAGAUUUUUGGAAAUAGGAAAAAAAGGAUGGCAAGUGUCAUGAAGAUGAAAGCUGUGAGUGUUUUGUGUAUGUGCAGAUGAGUACAGAUGAGUCUGAGAGAGGAACGGUGUAAUUGAACGCAUUGGUUUUGCCAGCCUGGGAAACAGAUGCAGUCUUAUUUUUUGAAGUUGUAUGACCACUGAUUGUCACAGAGCGGAAGGCUAUGUGAACGCUUAUGCUUUAAUCAUAAGUGGAAUGGUCACAAUAAGAUAUUUUAUAUAUGAAAAAGUUUUAUGAAAUGCUUUUUUACUAUUAGAAACCUGUUUCUUCUGUUAUUACAGAACAGUGUUUAUCAGCUGCAGACAUAAUUCUUUUAUUAUACAGCUGCAUGUAGAGGGAACUGCCCGUUUAAUUCAGCUGAUGUGGGUAUUUUUAGGGCAUUGUAAUUGAUGGUUUUAAAAUUGCUGAAUAAUUUUUGAUUAAUAAAAAGUUCAUACAAUUACUGAUCUUUCAGAGUUACAGAAGUAGAGGAGAAAAGCUGUGUGAGCAUGUGUACUUCACAGAUUCGUUGGGUGGCUGAGUGAUGAUGCUGCUUUCAAAUAAAACUGGUGCUGUGUAGACACUUGUAACCAAUAUUAUUUUUAUAACAGGCCUAAAAGAGGGAGAGAAGCAAUCAUGGACCUUUGAGUCUCAAAGUGAUGCGUAGUUUUCUGUAACUUACCUGCAUUUAAUAUUGACUCCAUCCAGACCCAAUAGGGGCAUAUUAUUGACAUUUCUGAGGCAAAAUGCAACCGUAGCCAGUAUUGUACACAUGAUGGAUGCUUCAGGCAUAAUGUAUGGAACAUGCAUUUUCUAAAGUAGAAAUGCCUUUCAGCUAUGAAAAAAGAAUAAUAAAAGAAAGCUACGUCAAAAGCAAGGGAUCCUUUCUUUGUGUGGAUUCACAGCUGCUGAAGCCACAGAAGCCAGCUUUUGAAUUUGAAUUGUUGAGCUAUCUUGGAUUUUUUUUUUUUAAGUCCAGAGUUAUAUGUCUUUAUUGUUAAAAAUUUUUUGUUGUUCCUGCAACCCAUUGCCACCAUUUUCAUAAAUACACAAGGAACCUGAAAUUUUAAGUCCUUUCUCUUUAAAAAUCUUUUGCUGAAAAUUUAGCCCAAAUGUAAGCCUCAUUCUGUGCGUCAGGGGUGACUGCUAUGAUGCGCUUUCUAAAAAGUUGUUUACUUUUUUAAAAAUUCAACUUUAAUUAGACUUUCAGUUAUGUGACCAAGCCAGCAGUGUUAGGGGCAGAGGACAUUAAUCGCACAGAGAGCUGAUCAGCACUUGCGACACACUGCUGAUGGCUUUUACUGAUGACCUGCUACAUGAGAAAUACUAGACUCCAGGCCAUGUAAAACGUGAAUUCAAAAUCCUAUGCUGUUCUAAGGAAUGUCAUUUCUGUUUACAAAUUGGAUUUUUUCCUCCUCUCAUGUUAGAUUGAAAAUACAAGCAGACUGCUUUCAAGAACAUUGAGAAGCUCUCUGUGUUACCAGACAUGUUGUGAACACUGCUGUUUUUCAUAGGUGCUUCCUGGAAAUGUAUGUCCAUUAUAGUGAUGGAGAGGGACUGGGCUCUCUCAGGCUCUUGACUUGCCGGUUGUCUCCCGCAUUAAUGGAAAUAUAUAUUUUAAUUUAGAAUAUAAUUUAAACAUGAAGGUCUAUUCUUUGCACUUUUUGUUAAUAGAUAUAUAUAGAGAUAGUUAAUCUCUAAAAAAUUAAAAAUCCAAGUCCAUUUUC